CUGCACUUGCGCAAGUAAAACAUGCUCAAAUUCGCCGUUAAAAGGUGCUUGAAGAGACCUGUUGGCGCCCAUGGUGGUGCUCGUGGUGGUGUUCGCGGUGGUGUUCGCCACGUAUCACAAUUGCCCCCAAGAGAUGAGGUUAUUCCCAAGUUCUCCUUCCAGAAGCAUACACACACUGUCAGCGCCAUAGACAGCGACGUGGCGUCGCACUUUGGCCAGGAGGUGUCGUUGUCUGGGUGGAUCGACAAGAAGCCCAAGAAGAUGGGCAAGAACAUCGUGUUCGCCACGCUGAGAGACUUUGAAGGGAACUUCACCCAGAUUGUCUCAAAGGACCCGAGUAUCGUGUCUCUGAUCGAAUCAGCAAACGUGGAGGACUGUGUCACUGUGACUGGUGUUGUUGAGCAGAGAAGGGCGAGAAAUGCCGAAGACAAGGACAUCCGUUGGGAUGUGAAUCUGAGAGAGUACCAGACUCUCAACCAUUCUGAUGUGCUGACGGCUCAGUUGGAGUCGCUGAAGGCCACGCCUAACGACUUCCCUCAGCAGUACAGAUACUUGCAACUGCGUAUCCCGUUCUACCAGCAGGCUCUGAAGAAGAGAUCUCAGGCUGCGACGGUGGUGAGAUCGGAGCUUGCCGAGAUGGGAUUCACCGAGAUUGAGACUCCUCUGCUGUUCAAGUCGACGCCUGAAGGAGCCCGUGAGUUCCUGGUGCCCACGAGAAGAAAGGACCAGUUCUACGCACUGCCUCAGUCACCACAGCAGUUCAAACAGCUGUUGAUGGCCAGUGGAGUGAAGAACUACUUCCAAAUCGCUCGCUGCUUCCGUGAUGAGGAUCUGAGGGCAGAUAGACAGCCAGAAUUCACACAGGUGGACUUGGAGAUGUCUUUUGCAGAUGCUGCGGAUGUCCAGCGUACCGUGGAACGUGUCGUCAAGCGCAUUUGGAAGGAGGUGGCUCAGAAGGACAUCUACACGCUGGACUCCACUGGACAAGCUGAACUUGGUCCAUUUGUCCAUCUUUCGUAUGACCAAGUGUUGAGCCAAUACGGUAUAGACAAACCAGAUCUGAGAUCAACAUUGAAGUUCCACAAUCUAGAAGGGCUGGCCACUGCUGUGGAGAAUGCUGAGUACCCAGUGUUCGAAGUGUGUGUGUUGCCAGGGGCAUUUGAAGGUAAGGCAAAGCUUCCAAAGAAGCUGUUUGACGAUUCAGAGUAUAGAAAUAGGAAGCCAAUCAUCGUGCCAAUUAAAACAGAAGAUGAUCGUACUAAAUGGGUUGAAAAGUUCCAAUCAAUGGUGAAAUUCCAUGAUUUGGGGAAGAUCAAUGAGCUUUUGAACUUACAAGUAGGCGAUGUCAUUGCAGGUUCUACACGGUCAAAAUUGUCCUACGAGAACCCAACACCAUUGGGAAGAUUUAGACAAUUGGCUAUCUCUGAAUUCCCAGACAGAUGGAGACAUGACGGUGUUGAUUUCGUCGGUGCAUGGGUUGAAGACUUCCCAUUGUUCAACCCACAUGAGUUGCCAGAAGCUGAGAAAGUUGAUUAUCCAAGGUAUGACUACACGAAAUUUGUCUCCACUCAUCAUCCAUUUACAAUGGCUAAACCAGAAGACUACGAACGUCUUGAUUCAGCUCCAUUGUCAGUGAAAGGUGAGCACUAUGACCUCGUUGUCAAUGGCGUUGAAUUGGGUGGUGGUUCCAGAAGAGUCCACGACUCUCAGGUCCAAAGAUUCAUCCUCGAUGAGAUCCUCAAGGUUCCAAACCCAGAUAGAUUGUUUGGCCAUCUCUUGAAGGCAUUGUCAAUGGGCUGUCCACCACAUGCCGGUCUUGCGCUCGGGUUUGAUCGACUAUGUGCCAUGUUGAUUGGGAGCUCAAGCAUCAGAGACGUUGUUGCUUUCCCAAAGACUCAAAACGGUACUGACCCUGUUGUUGAGAGUCCAAGCACCAUCUCUGAUGAGGUGUUGAAAGAGUACCACAUCAAAAAAGUGUGAGAUAGCACCACGUCGUGUACAUAAUAGCAAAGAGAAUAUGGAAUAUUUAUAUCUGUAUAUAGAAUAUGACUUUAAAAUCAAAGAAAAAUCAAAUUGGAGUAUGAGAAUUUGG